GUGAACAAACACAGGAGGAGCUGAGAGUAUUUAAAGAAAGAGUUGAGAGCGUAUAAUGAAGAGGAAGACUGACAGAAAGAGAAGAUGACUGAUCAGUGUCACUUGUGUCUGCUGGGACUGAUCUUUCUCUCUUCACUUCUCACAGGUCUCAGUGGAGUGGAUGAUGCUCAUGUGUUCAUCAGUUCUGGUGAAAAUGUCCGUCUGCCCUGUAAUAAUGCUCUUCAUGACUGUACAUCAACUACAUGGAACUAUAACAGAUUCAGUCAUUUAUCAGCAGUAAAACUGAUUGCUGGAGGGAUAAAGAAAAAUAACACAGAGAGUUAUGAGAGACUGAGUCUGGGGCCUGACUGCUCUCUGAACAUCAAAAACAUCAUAAAAGAAGAUUAUGGAUCUUACAUCUGCAGACAAUAUGUGAAUGAUCAACAACAAGGAACUGAUGCUCGUGUUUAUCUGCAUGUUCUUCAUGUCUCUUCAUCAUCUUCAUCAUCCUCACAGACUGAGAUCAGUGCAGGCCGCUCUGUGACUCUCUUCUGUCAGUUGUAUUCAUAUGAAAGAGUCUCUUGUGAUGAUUGGAUCCGUUCUGAGAGAAUUAAUCUGUUCUGGGUGAACCAGGCUGGUGAUAAACUGACGAGAUCAGACUCCAGAUAUCAGAUAUCAGCUCCAGAUCACUGUAUCAGCUCUCUGACUACAACACUCCUGAAUGAAGAUCAUAACAGAGAGUGGAGAUGUGAAGUUACUCGCAGAGAUCAAGUCAAGACCUCAGCCACAUACACUGACAAGAGUUCAGCUCGAGCUGAUUCAACAACAGCAGAGACUCCAGUCCACAGCACAAACUCAACUACAACAACACCAGCAACUUCUACACCAGACAAUCAGAAUUCAUUAACCACCCCAAACUCUGAGACGACUGCAGCUGCACACACAUCUGUAUUUACUCAUCAAGAGGCUACAACAACACUGAAUCCAGGCACCGCAUCAAUCUCUCUGAAUCAAGUUGUAGAGUCAACUAUAUCAACACUGAAUCCAGGCACCUCAUCAAACUCUCUGAAUCAAGUGAUUGUGAUUGUGAUUGUUGUCGGCGCUUCGUUCGUUCUUCUUCUUCCUGCUCUGAUUCUUUGGCUGAUUCGUAAAAAAGAGCCGCACUAG